GUCACGGGGUGCAACGCAAUUCUUGAACUCCGAUCACUCGGACCAUUUUUAAAAUCGUCGCGUGUGCUCGAUCAAUUAUUAUAAUUCGCUUUCCCAGUACGGGCAAUAGGCGAACGGUAUCGGUGAAUUUUCUUCCGUUUUCUCUCGGUGAAAUUCUCAGCUCGCAAAUCACGUUACCUAUCUACGCUGUUUGAAGUGAAUUUUGACUAUACUUCACCGCAAAAAUUGACUGAGUAAAUAAAUACUUGGACUUUUGCUCCGUUUUAUUUUUUCAGUUCGUAUGUUUCGUUUAUCUUUUUAAUCGCUUUUUACACAUCUCGCGUCAACGUGUGAUCAGAACCGUACGUUAUAUGUUGUAGUGGUUACCUUUGGCUGAGGAACUUCAACGUCGCAUCAAGUUGAACCAACGGAAGAUUGAGGAUGAACCAUGCAACGGAACUAAGAAUUCUGAGGCGAAGAUCUUACGAUUGGGAGUAAAAAAAUGUGAGACGUCGGUUGAAAUACGGGACUAAAAAACUGCCAAGAACUAUGAAACCGGGGAAAAUGUCAUCCCCGAAGUUUUUCACCCACGAGAUAAAUCCGACCUAAGAUAAAAUAUCGCGCGCCGAUCGCAACGCCUGUGAAUAAGAUGGAAACCCUGGCUGCGGAGACGCUGCCGACAUCCAUAAUGGCCGAAUUUACGACGAGCCUCGUGCCGGCGGUGACCAGGGUCGACAGCCGACCGGAAACCAGCCCGGUAGCAGUGAUCCUUGCGGUUUCCGUCGUCUUUAUACUGUCUCCGUUAACGGUGAGCGGGAACUCGGUCAUACUCGCCGCCUUCUACAGGUACAAGAGGCUCAGGACAGCCUCGAACUGCCUCCUCGCCUCACUGGCCGUUAGCGAUCUUGGGGUCGGCGUCUUCAUGCCCUUCGGAAUGCAUCUCGAGCUUUCCGGGAUACCCGAUGACGGUGUUUCCUCCCUGUGCAUCGCCCCCUACUGCAUAGUCAUCACCCUCUGCAGUGUCAGCGUCCUCGUUACCGUCGCCAUCGCCGUUGACAGGCUCACUUCUCUGGCCCAACCUCUGCGUUACAAAAAUAUCAUCACCCAUAGCAGCAUUGAGAAAUACAUUGCCGUAUUUUGGCUCUACGCCAUUGUCGUCGGCUUGUCGCCUCUCAUAUACGCCGAAGUAACCGGAAGCACCCAGUCCCACAGCGGCAGCUGCAGGUUUAGCGCCGCGGUUUCACCGCCCGUCAGGAUUUUCCUCGUCGUCGCUGUCUGGGCACCGAGCGCUCUUGUGCUCCUCGGGUGCUACAUGUACGUAUACCUGGUGGCCCGGUCUCACGCCAGGGCGAUAUACACCGUGGAAUUGUCGUUUCGACACCAAACCCAAACCCUGGCCUUGCCGAGAUACGGCCAGACGCUGGCCCUGACGGUCGGCGCCUUCCUGGUGCUCUGGCUACCCUUUCAGACCUGCAUGCUGGUCGACAUAUUCUGCGGGACGAAGAUACUAUCUGAAUGGGCGGUAAUCUGGCUUGGACUCCCGAUCCUGGCCCACAGCGCGGCAAAUCCCUGGAUCUACGCGUUUCAUCACGGCGAGAUGCGCGUUGCCGCCGGAAAGAUAGCUGAGGACCUGGUCGCCCUUGUCGGAGUGACGCCGAGUCGUUACGGAUGUUCGCCGACGAGAAGAGGGUCCAACACGAACCUCGAGUUGGCGGAGGUGAUAAACAGCAACGACGGGCACAGACCACGGCCGGAAGACUGCUUCGCAGCGAAGCACCACAGCGUAUGCGCGAGCCGGAAGUGCCUCGAGAUGUCGAGCAAAAUGGCGGACAUAUCGCCGGAGAGAGACGCGGUCGUUGGAAACUCGUCGUUGGAGAGCAGGGAGGAGGACAUAGUCGAGGAGAACAUCCACGACCUGACCAAGAUGCUCGACCCGAAGUACAUAGUGGACAGGAACCACGUGAUAGACUCCAACCACAACAUUGACAAGAUAAAGAACCUAAAGUACCUGCUCGAUCCGACCUUCAACAAAAUCCGCCACCUACGCAGACUGAACCACAAGAAGAUGAGCGGCAAGAACUUCCCCAGGUUCCACGACCCGAAGUUCAUAUCGUACCAGAACCUGAAGAGCGACGGAACCCUGAACCCCAAGCUACUCCAGCUCAACACCAUGUCCGAUCCCGUGUUAAACGCCGAGAGUCCCGCCGUCGAGACGAAGGACUUCAGCGAAGCGAUUUGCACCCCGAGCCUCUGCACUCAGCGGAGGAAUUCGAACCUGGCCUCGAUGUCGGACCCGAACCUGAAGGCGGCAGCGGCCGGAAACGCGGCCGAUGUAAAUCUUCGGGUGUUUCCGGCCUCCAGGGUCGCCCCCGAGAGUCACAGGUACUCGGUUCAGAGUCUCGACCACAAGUGCGAUCACGGUCAACUGCACUCCCGGCACGUCAUGCAGUGUCGACAGCUGAUAGAGAACCAGAGGCGGCAGAACGGCUUCGUGAAACCGCAGCUGACGCUCCACAGGCACGCGGAUUCCGUCAGCCCGAUACGGGACUUGCGGUUUCAGAACUGCGUACCGGUUCACACGGAUGACGGAAUAUCGCCGAGGCCCUGCGGCGCUCGGUUUUGCCACCAGCACCAGGUACUGUCCCCGAGAAAAAUGACCAUCACGACUAACAGGCUGGCCAACUUUUAUCACCCGGACUCGAGCCCCGAUCCCUUCAGGCGACUGGGGCCCAGUACGGAUCCCACGAUGCGGUUGCUACAGGCAAGGCAAAAACUGGAAAUCCUGAAGCACUCGGAGUCCAUAAACACCAUCGAGCCCAUGUCGCAUGUCCGACUGCUCGAACCCUCCAGGGUACUGAACACCUUGACGGUGCCAACGAUACACUCGGAGCCUCCCAGUCCGAUAGACCCAAUACCACUGGACCCGCUCAAGGAGGAAGAGACCCUCAGGGGCUUGGAUUCCACCCGGUUUCCAGUAGUGGAACCCCUCAGGCCCGAACCGCCGGUUCGCCGGAAGGUUAAAAGUCCAGCGAGGCACUCGGACCCGAUAGUCCCACCGGUUUUACUCAACUUUGAAGACUGCAGCGACAUUCAUCCUACGAACGGCAUUUCCACCAACGGAUGGGACAGUGAUCGGGGGGGACUUUUCGACGGGGAAAGCCUGACCGAUGUGCCCGUCGAUUCGGGCAAGUCGAAACUUUCGGAGCCUGUUUUUUCCGAGCACAACUCUACCCGGCACAACUCCAGAAGACCGUCGGACUCCCGGUGGUCCGAAUCCUCGCGGAGCCAGGAAAUCCUCUCGAACAUAACCGAGCAUCGCAUGUUCCCUUCGUCCUACUCGGUGAAUAAUUUUCAGAACUGCAACAGCGGCAGCGACCUCAACGACGUCGAUUCCAUCGACCCAUUCAUGUGCCCAGAGGCCCUGAGCUCGUCACUCCAGGAGUCCUUCUUCAGCGCCGAACCCUCGGUACCGGGUUCUGACGUAUUCGCGUCCUUCGACGAGACCGACGAGAUCGGAUUUACCACCGAUCUGCAAGCGGAGAGGGAACUGCCAGGAACUCAGGAAGCUCCGAUCUGCUUCACCUCCUCGAUGUCCACGACAAAUCUCAAGAAGGUCGAGACUUCGGAGAUCGAGACCCAGAGCCGGUCAACGGAGUCCGUCUUCAGGGCGAAUAUCGUUCCCGAUACCUGCGCCGUACUGAGAAUCGAACCUUCGAUACUCAGGCUCGAACCGUCGAUACAUCGGAGCAGACCUCACAUACGACCCGGGAAGGGGUACAUCCUGAAGGAUCCUUCCAGACGGACUUUGAGGCUUGCUCCGCUCGCCAUUCCCACACCGACGGACAUCUCGACGCCAACUUUUGACUCGGUUUCCGAAUUCAAUGGUGAAAAUGGCCUUGGCGUUGGCGUAUGAGACUUGCGAAGGCCCGAUAAAGUUCCUUCAUUUUUCCCAAUCCUUCAUAGAGGGAGAGCUUGAUCCUUAGCCGUAAUAUCGAGAGUUAAUUAUACACCGAAGCCAAAUGAAGUUAUAAUAAUUUGACGACGGCAAUCGAAUCGAACGAAUCGCUAAUAACGAAGCACACGAGUCGCUUACUUGGAAAGUGAGCGAAACGAUUAAAGAAUCUGACUCAAUCAGCACUUAUCGACAGAAUUUAUUGUCAUGGAAUCCUUGGACGCUUCAUCCUUAGUGUCAUAGCUGUAUUUUUCGCCCACUAUCGACCGAUCCGUCAGCUAUUGUGAAGGGAAUGAUAUGCAAUCGUCCAACCCUAUUGUAAACGGGGACGGAAUAUCAAUUGUAUAGAGCCUGUGCCUGCUGAAUAAACAGAUAACGGUUUUAGCAGUACCGAAGGUUAAUCCGAAACCUAGAUUCAGCGAGCCAUUAAAAUACAUAUUUACGAUAAGCGGAACUCACGAUCUGAUAACCAAUUGAUGUAAGCCACGCGAAAGAACAAUUUUGUAUAUUUCAGGCGCAAGGACGCGGCAUGGAUUUACUAUUAUCGAGGAAAACGCUGCAGUGCCAGCUGCAGUCUAUUCUUUCCUAUCGGAGAAUUAUGUAAAAGUUGACGUUCGAUAUGCGUGUAUCAUGCAUGUGCAAGUGAUUCGUUGGCUUCAUCAGCGUGUCUGGUUCUAUGCAUAGGAUCAUCUGCAUGCUGCGGUACAUCAAGGUUCAGGAAAUUUAAAGAACUCGGUGAUCUUGAGGAGGACGUUGUGGAAAAUCAAAAUUAAAUUUUAAGAUGUAAAGAAUACGUUAUACACGUCGGGAACCUGAAACACCAACAAGAUUUUCAAAGAAACAGUACCUUGAUUUUUAAAAAAGCACCACAAUUCUUGUCAUUCCAUUGAAGGUUUGGCUCCCAUUGAAAGUCCCUUUAUAUUUCAUGUAUAUCAUAUCCUCUUUGAAAAAGUCAAAGCCAACGGUUUUGAAUGGACUGCGCGGAAUUCAACACUGAAUGGUAAUUAAUUGAAAAAUCUCAACUUGAUAAUUUACAUAGUGAUCAAGGUGACAGCAAACACUGAGAUUAUUUACUUUCAGAGUAGAGAUAGUGUAUUUAAAGGUAAACUCUUGCGUUAUUCAGACGGCAGAUCCGACUUUGUGAUAACUUGUUGAGGUGAUUAUUGUCCACAAUUACCUUUUUUCUCCCACGACAUGCGUUCAAAAUUGAGCUAAUUGUAAAAUACGAGAUGUUGGGUACUUUGAUCAGUGAUCGCGAAGUAAAAAGAAUCCCCGCCAAGUUGUAUGUAUAUAUUGUCUAUGUAAUUGGCUCAUGUGCAUAUAAGGGACUUAUCCCAAGCGCAUGAUAAGUGAUUAUUAUUACUAUUAUUGUUGCUAUGAGAAAAAUUUUGACGUCUAAUUGCGGCAGUUAGAAUUGGUAUACAUGCGUAUGGUUCUUGAAUAAUUUCGACGUUUGACAAUAAAACGAUCAUUUAUUUGUACCUAUGUAAAAAUUAACCGAUUCACGAAUGAUAAUGUGUAAACCAUAUAGUAACAUACCAUAAUAAUAUCUGAACAACGAAACUCGAUCGUAGAGUGAGAUUUGAGAAGCGUAUCUGUUAUGCGCAAAAACAGGGUCUGAUACAAUAACAAUUCGUCAAGGAGAUUCCCAUUUUGUUCUGUCAAUUCUCACGUAGUUCUUAUCCUUAAACGCUUGCGGCGGUAUAAUAUCAUGUUUAAGGGAAAAAAGAUGAAAAUUUUUUGAAAAAAAGAAACGAAAAUGAUCCGCCAAUGUCCCCCCCCCCCCCCCCCCCGCAUACCGUUAUAUACGUGUACUUAUAAUACAUAAGUAUGUAUGUACAUGAUAUCAUUUAGCUAGAAAGUAGAACAGUUCUAAUAUUAAAUUGUUAAUUAUUAUUACUAUAUUAAUUCUAUAUCAUAAUAUUAUUCAAAACAUUUCGUAUUUGGAAUUGAGAAUUUUUGUAAUAACAUGAGCAACUUUUACCGUUACUAGCUGGAAUCUAUACAGAUGUGUAUAUCCGUGUAACUCGUGUAAUACAUAGGUAUGGUAUACUGUUUACAUUAAAUGGAGUCAAUUUGUUACAAGGGAGCGUGUAAAUAGCUGGUGACAAAUUUUUAUCCGUGACGUCACGAGGUGUACCUGUACAAUGGCGUCACGACCGUGCAAGGUUGGACUGUGAUAGAAUAACGUGUCCUUAGUGGAACAAUUGUGAAUUUGUUCGUUCAAAGAAACGAUGCUAAUAAAGCUGCUGUAGUGUAAUUAUGAGCCCAUGUAGAUAAAGUCGUACGUCGGAAUUUCAAAAAAUUUCACAUAUAAUUAGAUAAUAAGACGCUUGAGAGAACAACUAUAGAGACAUUGAUACUUUCGGUGCGAAGAAAAAAAAUAAAUGAAUAAACAAAAAAUUGUAAAUCACAAAUAAAUUAUAUCCUGGUAUCUAUAGCGAAUAGAUUAUGAAUUCUAGCUGUUGAAUCUAGCGUUGAAAUGAACUAUGCAGAUUAUACUCAAAGAUUGCAAACAUAGCGCGGAUGUUAUAAUCACAUUAUACACAUAAAUACGCAAAUUUUUUAACACAUCCUGCAUCAAGCCGUAAUUAUACUUGUAUUAUAAUAUUAUUAUUAUCAUCGCCAAACGCUUGACGAUUUCGAGAACGGUUAUUUUAUUUUUCUAAAGUUCGACUAAAACUACACUGCGCUAGUUGAUCAAUAUUUUAAGCUGCCAAAUAUGUGUAAACGUACAGUUCCGUAACAUUAACUUGUUACCGUUCCAUUAAAACUCGCUCAAC